ACAGGAGAUAUGCCAGUGGAGACACUCGCCAGAUUCGAGAAGGACGUCAAGCAAACCAAUACCGGGUUCCUGGCGAUAGCAACAGAAGUGGAGAAUGACGGAGAGAAAGCCUCGGAACCUCCAGACAAAAUCAAGGACUUACUGAAGGAGUUCCAAGACAUUCUUCCCAACGACCUCCCGGACGAGCUACCGCCAUACCGAACGCACCAACAUGAGAUCGUGGAGGAACCAGGUUCGAAACCGACCUUCCGAGCACCAUAUCGGCUAAGCCCCACAGAACUAGCCGACAUAAAGAAGCAGAUCGAGUAUCUCCUUGCCAAAGGACUCAUCCGACCAUCCACUUCGCCAUACGGUGCCCCAGUACUCUUCACACCGAAACCGGACGGAAGCCUGCGCAUGUGCAUCGAUUACCGAGCUCUCAACAAGCAGACCAUAAAAAACGAAUACCCGAUUCCACGAAUCAAUGGCCUGCUUGACCAACUUCGGGGAGCCACGGUAUUUUCAAAACUAGAUCUGCGGUCCGGUUACUGGCAGAUACGAAUGGCGGACAACUCCAUCCACAAAACAGCUUUUCGAACUCGGUACGGAUCGUACGAGUAUCUGGUAAUGCCGUUCGGACUCACCAACGCACCUGCAAUAUUCCAAGCAGAGAUGAAUCAUAUCCUACGCCCACUCUUGGACAAAUGCGUGGUGGUGUACCUGGACGACAUUCUCGUCUACUCGCACGAUAUGCAACAAUACGUCGAGCACCUACGCCGCGUCUUCGAAAUUCUUCGACGAGAACGCUUCUACGUCAAACUAUCCAAGAGCGACUUUGCCCUUGAGAAAGUCCAAUUCCUCGGACAUAUCGUAAGCGCUCAAGGAGUUCACGUCGACCCCAAGAAAAUCAAAGCCGUGCGUACGUGGAAGACACCCGAGAACGUGAAGGAGUUACAGCAGUUCCUAGGCUUCGCUAACUACUACAACAGGUUCGUGCCACAAUACGCGAAGAUCGCCGCGCCACUCACGAAUCUGCUAAAGAAGAACACGCCCUAUAACACUCACGUCCGGACCCCUGACGCCAGCGACCAGGCACUGGGAGCAGUUUUGAUGCAAGACCAGGGGAAUGGACUGCAACCAAUCGCCUACCACAGCAAAAAAUUACAUGGAGCAGAACUCAUCUACCCAAUACACGACAAGGAGGCCCUUGCCAUCAUCAUCGCCUUCAAAACGUGGAGAUGUUAUCUCGAAGGACGAAGAACAACCAUCAACACCGACCAUUGCAGGCUAAAAUAUUUGAAGACACAACCAAGCCUCUCCAGGCGGCAGGUCCGGUGGAUUGACUUCCUCGAGACACACUUCCACUACGACAUCGUGUACAAGCCCGGCCACAAAAAUAAAGCAGACGCCCUUAGCCGGCCUGCACACGUUGCCGCUACCCAACCUCUUCCUGUCCCAGAACAGCCAUGGCAAGUGGUCAGCCUAGACUUCAUCACCGGGCUACCAACUACCACAAGCGGUCAUGACGCGAUCCUCGUCCUCAUUGACAAGUUCUCCAAAACGGGACACUUCAUCCCGACACACACCACAGCACGCACCGAGGAGACAGCACAACUCUUUGUUCGCUACAUCAUCUCACAACAUGGCAUUCCGACCACACUCAUCUCCGACCGAGACCCUAAGUUCACCAGCAAGUUCUGGAAAGAACUGAUGUCUCUACUCGGGACCAAACUCGCUAUGUCAUCCGACUACCAUCCACAGACAGAUGGACAGACCGAGGGCCUCAACCAAAUUGUGGAGCAACUCCUCCGCGCAGCCUGCAAGGACGACAUCUCCAAAAGGGACUUGCAUCUGCCCGUCCUGGAGUUUGCCUACAACAAUGCUACUCACGCCGCUACUGGACAAACGCCGUUCUUCCUCUGCUACGGACGCCAUCCACUCACACCACAGAAACCGACAACAUCCGCUACAGUUCAACCUGCACAUGAUUUCAUCACAACCAUGCAUCAGCUUUGGGAUCAGACCCACAAGCACCUCAUCGACAUUCAGCAGCAACAGAAGCGCCAGGCCGAUUGCCACCACACAGACCACCACAUCACCGUGGGAGACCGAGUACUUCUCGACACGCGCAAUCUUGACAUCAGCCAUCUCCCAUCCAAACUGCGACCUCGCUUCUGUAGGCCCUUUCUCGUUGAAGCACAGGUCACCCCUGUUACCUUCCGCUUAUGCCUACCAGCUACCUGGAAGAUUCACAAUGCUUUCCAUGUCCAACUUCUGAAGCCCUAUCGUGAUCCCAACACGAUCUUUGUCAGACGUCAACCGCCGCCGCCGCCGCCACCCGUCCUCAUCCAGAAUGAACCCGAGUACGAGGUCGAGUCCGUGCUUGCACACCGCCAUCGUCGGAAUGGCACCGUGGAGCUUCUCAUUCGUUGGAAGGGUUAUGAUCCUUCUGAGGACAGCUGGGUACCUGAGUCCGACAUGGGUAACGCCCGUCGUCCUCUGAUAGGAUAAACCUGGUUACCUGAUGUACUUUG